GCCACAUUAAACAAUUCCAAGUCAAAUCCUAAUUUCCGGUAGGAGUUUACUCCAUACACUGAAAAUUCAGAGAUAUAAGCAAAACUCACCUCAAUCCAAUUGACUCGACGAAGUGGUGAAGGCAGAAGAAGGAACUGAGAUGGGUUUGCACAAGGAAGAACUCGACUUAAUACUCGUCCCUCUUGCGUUGGUUAUCUUGUUCAGUUACAACCUCUCCCUUCUCUACAGAUACCUCAACCACCCUCGCACCACAGCUAUCGGCUUCCAGAACAACGACAAGAGAGCUUGGGUCGCGAGAAUCAUGGAGGGCGACAAGGACGACGUUCGCAACGCUCUGUCAGUAAUUUCGUCGAACACCUCGGCUGCAUCCGUCCUGGCUUCAAUCUCCCUGACGCUCAGCUCCCUGAUCGGCGCCUGGCUCGGUGGGAAAUCCCCCAACGUCUUCCAGAGCGAGCUGAUCUACGGCGACACGAGAUCCUGCACGCUUUCCAUGAAAUACAUCGGCCUGAUGCUCUGCUUCCUCCUCGCAUUCUCCUGCUUCGUCUCUUCGGCGACACACUUCGUCCACGCCAACUACCUCAUCAGCAUCCCCAGCAGCGACGUCCCCGUGGAGAGCGUGGAGACGGCGGUGAUACGCGCCGGCGAUUUCUGGUGCCUGGGACUCCGAGCUUUGUACUUCGCGCUGAAUCUGCUGAUGUGGUUCUUUGGGCCUGUGCCCAUGUUCGUUUCGGCAGUGAUCACGGUGGCGAUUCUCUGUUCCUCCGACGCCAAUUCCAAGCCGCUGCAUCAACACUUGCCGGCACCGGCGAGGGCCCAGAUGGUGAAAAUGACUGGUCAGCCCAAAAGCCCGGUGAGCGCGGAGGUUUUGUAGUGGAUCGGGCUAAUAACAGAAAGGCCCAACCUCAAAAGAGACCCGUAUUGUUCCUCUACUUUUACCCUUUUUUUCCUCCUUUUCUGAUUAACACUUUUCCACCACGUCAAUAAACAUAUGUUUGGCAAAAACAAUCUCGUAACUUUGUAUACC